AUGGCCUUGCCUAGGGCUGUAGGCGAGGCGGUUCGCCCAAAUCUGGGCAAGGACAGCCUCACCUUGGCCUCGCCGUGGGAAAAGGCAGCUUUGCCCGAGGCUAAUGAGGCCAUGGUGGCAUUUGCCAAGGCCAGGGUUAGGUUGGGCACGGCUGGGUAUGGGCCGCAACCCUUGUCGGCAUUCGCCAAUUGCAACCGCGAUCUCUUCCCACAUUCAUCGAGAACUGAGUUGCUGCCCAACGUUGGGAUCUAUGACGUCGAGGAUGGCUUGCCGGCCGUUCAUGAUGGAGCGGCAAAGCUGCACUGGGGAGAGCAAGUGGAUAUGUUCCUCAGGCAAGCUCUGGAGAGUUUUCGAGCUGCCAUCAGUGCCGCGGAGCGAGAGGCAAGAAAAAAGGUGGGUUGUCUAUUGGGUGAUGCUUUCUUACUUUUUGGAAGCGAAUUCGCAAAGCGAAUGCGCGUCCCCUGGGUGACGUUCUGGGUCGACUCUCCGUGCUUUCUGUCCGCUUGCAUCCAUGUCGAGGUCCUGAGAAAGCUCUGCCAUGGAACCUCCUCUGGCGGCGUGGUGCAUGGAGAGGCCGAUGACAAGGCCCUAGAAAUGGUUCCAGGGUUAUCGUUGUUUCGCAUGUCAGGUUUCCCGGACCUCAUACUACAAGCCCAGAGUAUUUUGAUUUGGAUGGUGCCAAACCUGCCCCGCCAAAUGAGCCGCGUGCUGCCAUGA